CUGUGCCCCACUCUCUAUAUCUCUCUUCUUCCAUAUCCAUAUAUACACAACACAAUUAUGUUUAUAUACACAUGCAGCUUUCUUUAUUCCAUUAGAUCUGAAAAAGACUACUUACCCAACUUCCUUUUAAUAAUACUUCUCAUUCACCCUCUUUCAUCUCAACCAACUCAACUACAACAACAUCUCUUCCAUGCAUGAAACCAUUCAAUUUCUAACUAUCUUUCCCUCUUCAUAACCAAACUGAAUAAACAACCAAAAAAAACUACUUUUUUUCCACCCCUUAAGGCUAAAGUUCCUUGUUUUGCUCCAAAAAAAAACCAUGUCACCUGAUGAAACACAACAAACCUCAAAGUCUGCAAAAGACAUCAACCACCAACAAGGCUCUGGUGGUCGGAAAACAUCUUCCUCAACAUCUUCCUCAACAAAACCACAAGAACAAAACAUGAAGUGUCCUAGAUGUGACUCACCGAACACAAAAUUCUGUUACUACAACAACUACAGCUUAACGCAACCGAGGCAUUUCUGCAAAACAUGUAGAAGAUAUUGGACAAAAGGUGGAGCUUUACGCAACGUUCCUAUAGGUGGUGGAUGUAGAAAAAACAAGAGAGUGAAAUCAUCAUCAAGACUCUCUUGUGACUCCAAAGAUUCUGCUACUUCUUCUUCGGAGUUUGUUGGUGGUUUGAAGUUUCUUCAUUCUCUUUCUUCUCCUUCCAUGGAUUUUCACCUUGGUAAUGGUUUACCUUUUCCUAGGCUUCAACUUCAGCACCACCCUCCAUUAUUUAACCAUUUUCCUUCUUAUGGAGAAACUUCUUCUGCCAUGAAUUACCCAGCUACUUCAAAUUCUCUUGCUGCUAUGAAUUACCCUUUUUCAACAGGUAAUAGUAAUUAUAACGGUGCAAUUCAAGGUUUGAGUUCAAUGAAUAUUAAUCAUGGUAACAGUAACAUUGCUUCUUCUAUUGAGUCACUGAGUUCUAUGAACCAAGACUUGCACUGGAAGCUACAGCAACAGAGAUUAUCCAUGCUGUUUGGUGGAGAAAACCAGAAAGAUAACAAUAAUCAGACAGAGAAACCACUUCAACCUAUUUUGUUUCAGAAUCUCGAGGUUUCAAAACCAUCUGGUGGGAAUUUCUGUGUUGGAAAUUCAAGAAGAGAAGGUUCAAAUGGUGGAGCAGAUACACCGACGGAGUGGUUUUUCGGUAAUUCUUACGGUUCUGCAGCUGCUACACCUACUGCAAGUGGUGGAGCUGGUCAUGAUAAUGGAAGCAACUGGAAUGGUGGUGGUGUACAUGCUUGGAAUGAUGUGCAGCAGCAAUAUAGUUCCAUGCCCUAGCUUCAAGAAAUUGGAUUUGGUGCAGUAACUACCUGAAGAAGUACAGUCUCAACCGUUCAUCUAAAAUGGACUGUUGAGAUUGUUUAAAAUUAAUUUUAUCAUCAUAUAAUCUGAGAUUUAUAGUUUCAGAUUAACCACCAAAAUCAUUUACUUUAAUGCAGAAUAUCUGAGUCAUAGUUGAGGGAGGAUCAAGAUUCAAGAGGGUAUCUUAAAAGGUAGAUCUUUUUCUAGAAAUUAUUUAGGAAGAAAUUAAUUAAUAGGGCAACUUUGAUAUUUGAAUCAAAUUUCUUUAGGUAUAUGUUAGCUAUUAUUUAUGUAUUGGUGUUUACAUUUGCUUUAAAAAGAACACAUAUAUGUAAUGUAACAAAUGGGAAAAUUAAGACUAUAAUGUUUCUUCAUAUAACCAAUUAUCAUUCUCAAUCUUCAUACUUUCUAUAUAGUUAGCAUAUAUAUUAUAUAGUAUGCUAGUAAAUUUGUUGUGCCCUACUUUAGUUACAUUAUUAAUUAUUGCUU